ACCGGGAGCAGUUCUCAGUCCAGUCUCAUACUGCAGUUAAUUACCCUUGAGGUCACAGUUGGGCGUGUGAGCUACUACAAUUUCAUUCAACUUCUUCUCCGAGCUAUAUUUGUAUUUGUCUCUCCAUUAUGUCUUUGCUAGAGGAGAAUCUUCCCGGAGUAGGACGAGUUAAAAAGGACUUUCAAGUUCGUGAAGAUCACGUAAUAGCGAAGCAGUUGCAAGAGAAAGAGUAUGAAGAUCAUUUUGAUUCUAACGUUCAAGCCAGACGUACUGCCAUGAAAGAUGCUCAGAUGGCCAAGUCUUACCAAGCAACAGAAAUGAGUGCUUAUAAUCAGGAGGAGAGCGUUAGAAGGGACAGACUUAGAGAACAAGAAGAAAGAGAUCGAGAAGCAGCUGAAAGAUACGCACAUGAAAUCCAGCAACAAGAGGAACAAACUCAACAGAGACAAAGGCAGGAUGAAGAAGCAGUGCGAAGACUCCACAGAGAAGAAAUGGAGAGAGAAGCACAAAGAAAACGACAAGAAGAGGAAGACAAUCGUAUUGCACUACAACACGCUCAAGAGAACGAAAGCCUCACAAAAAGACGACAGCAAGAAGCCGCUCUUGGAGAACAAGAGGCGAGACGUCUUCAACAAAUGGAGGCCAAACCUUCAGGAAUGGACCUGCCAUCAUAUGAGGAACUAGGAUUCUCUCUCCCUCCUCCUCCCCCACCCACCGGGGGUGAGGAGGAAGAGGAGUAUGUUGAUGAAGCUGCCAGGCAGGAAGAUGAAGACGCAAGGCUGGCAAGGGAACUGCUUGAGAGAGAAGAAAGGGAAGCACAAAGAAGGAGGAGGGAACAAGAAUUAGCCGAUAUUGAAAUGGCUCGUAAAUUGCAAGAAAUGGAGUCUAAAGGAGGAAGGCCCAAACCAACUGGACAUCCGAGCGAUGCAGAUAUUGCUCGUAGGAUGGAGCUUGAAGCGAGAGAGAGACAGAGAAAAAUGGAGUCACAGGUUCAAGCGGAUGCCGAAAUUGCUCAGAGAGUGAAAUCAGACCUGUACCGACAGCACAGCGAGCAAGAGAUGAAUGACUGGGAGCUGGCCAAGAGAUUGCAGAAGGCAGAGAUUGUAGCUCAUAAAAAAGCAGCUCAAGUUAGAGGAGGAGGACCACCAGGUGGAGCAUCUUUCUCUCAUUCAUCUAGACCAGUCGCUGCCAGCUCACCUACUCAAUCCCUGCCAGCCACAAUGCCCAGUAACGGCCAGUACAGGGGGCAGGGGCAGGGAACUGAGCGAGUGAUGGUUAGACCUGCUGAGUCAGCAUCAACAAGGCUACAACGUCAGGGAACUGAUCCACAAUUAACUGGUUAUUAUCCAGCACAAGGUGGAGAUAGGCCUUCUCCAGAUUCACCUCAUGCAGUGCAGGCUUACAAGCGUCAGCCAGCAGGAGUUCCUGGUAAAGAUGGGAAGAAAGGAAAAGGCAAGAAGAAGUGACACACAUAGAAUUAAACAAAACACUUGCUUUUAAUUCUCAUGACUUUCCCCGUCCUUUUUUUGUUUUAAAGAGUUUAUACUUUGUAUGGUUAUCCUU